GGAAGCCGAACAGCACGAAGGAAAAAUGUUUCAAAUAGACCGACCAGGAGAGAAGCAGUCUGGAACAAAUCUCCAGGAGCAAAGUUAUCUGGAGAACAGAAACAAAGUGGGACAAACAGCUGGAUUUGAACAGCAGAGCUAUGGGGAAAAACGAUCAUCGUGAUUCAUGGAGAGGUGUCAAUACUUUCAAAUCUGACUCAAAGUUUGGAAUUUUCAAGCAGAGAACACAACAACCUACCCUGGAUAUCUGUAAAUUGUCUAAAAACACUUCGCUCCAGCUUGAAUCAGCCUAUUCCGAUGACAACAAUCUCAGUGGUGCUGACAAUGGACCAAAGGAAUCCCAACAAGGAGAGAUCCGACAGAAUAAUGAUGACGGGAACAUGAACUAUCACACCGGCCUUGUGUUAGAAGACAGAUAUGAGAUUUUGUCCACACUGGGAGAAGGAGCCUUUGGAAAAGUAGUGGAGUGUAUUGACAAGCAUAGAAGUCAACGUGUUGCUGUAAAGAUUGUUAAGAAGUUUGAGAGUUUCUGUAAAGUGGCAAGAUCAGAGAUUGCCGUCCUUGAGGAGAUCAACAGCCUGGACGAUGACAAUAGAUUCGCCUGUGUGAGGAUGUUGGACUGGUUCAAGCACAAAGCCCACAUCUGCAUUGUUCUGGAGCUUCUCGGUCCCAGCACCUUCGAGUUCCUGCGAGAGAACAACUUUGUCCCUUUCAGUGUGGAGCAGAUCCGACACAUAGCCUACCAGAUCUUCAGAGCUGUCAGCUUUCUGCAUCGUAACAAGUUGACCCACACAGACCUGAAACCGGAGAACAUUCUGUUUGUCAGCUGUGACUGCGACAGGGAGUGCAACCAACAGAUGAACUAUAAACACAAAAAGCCAAGGUUACCAGACGUUAAAGUUGUGGAUUUUGGCGCUGCUACAUUUGACCACCAACACCAUGAGACCCUGGUGUCGACACGGCACUACAGAGCACCAGAGGUCAUUCUGGAUCUGGGCUGGGACCAGUCGUGUGACGUAUGGAGUUUGGGUUGUGUUCUCAUGGAGUAUUACCUCGGACAAACAUUGUUCCCUAGUCAUGACUGUAGAGAACAUCUGGCCAUGAUGGAGAAGGUUCUGGGAUCGAUUCCAUCCCAUCUUCUAAAACAGACCAGGAAGAAGCACUUUGUAAAAAAUGAGCUUCUGAACUGGGAUAAGACGAGUCCCUCUGACGAUGAUAUACAGAAACACUGCCAACCUCUCAGGCUGUACAUGAGGACAAAUAGUGACGACGAGAAGCAGCUGUUCGACCUGCUUGGCUGCAUGCUGGAGUACGACGUCAGCAAACGGAUCACUCUGGAAGAAGCACUGUGGCAUCCCUUCUUCUGCCCACUGAGAAAGCAGCAGCAACCACAGUGCAGCUAACACAAACACAGUCCUGGUUUACCUCACUUUGUCACUUACACACAGAUUUUUUUCUUUACAUUUCUCCCUUUUAUUUCUCAUUAAAAGUCAUUUU